AUGGUUAUGAAAAUUGUUCCUCGCCGCAGCUAUGAGCGUGGCCACAGCAAUCACGGCUGGCUUAAGACCUUUCACACAUUUGCAUUCGCUGCGUUCUACGAUCCAGAGAAUGAGUCGUUUGGCUGUCUCAGGGUGAUUAACGAGGACCGCGUAGAACCAAAGACUGGCUUUGGCAUGCACGCUCAUGCUGAGUUUGAGAUUUUCUCGUAUAUUAUCGGUGGCGCGAUUGAACACCACGACUCGAUGGGCAACGUCGAGGUGCUCAAGAGAGGAGAUCUGCAGAUGACCUCCGCGGGCACUGGAAUCCGUCACAGCGAGAAGUGCCACGGAGACGAGCAAGCUCACUUCCUGCAGAUCUGGAGCGUACCUCACACGAAAAGUCUCAAGCCGCAAUACUUCAACCGGUACUUCUCAGACGAAGAAAAGAAGGACAAAUGGGUGCUCGUGGUCGCCCCCGCAGAAGCAGAAGGCGUUGUGGAGGAGCGCCACGCCUCGGGCCCCGCACCGGUACAUUCGCCCCUGUCCCUCUACGCUACGCUCCUUUCACCGUCCGCCUCGCUGUCGCACACGUUCUCCCCCGAGGUUGCAGGCUCUAGGAAGGCAUACAUUCAUGUUGCGCAGACAUCGGGAUACAACCCGACGAAGACACCGGGCGGCACGACGGUGCGCGUCGCGGGCUCUGACGGAGCGACGGCAGAGCUCCGCGAGGGCGAUGGUGCGUACGUCAUGGGCGAAGCUGGGAAGGAGCUGAAGUUCGAGAACGUGGGAGAUCGCGUUGCGGAGAUCGUGUUGUUUGACCUUGAGUGA